GUAAUUAGCCUGUAACAAGCGGAAGAACACACCUGUAGGCAAUAAAGAGAGGUUUGUAACUGGGACGAAAGCAGCUCUUACAGUAUUUACUGUCGAGGAGAAGAAUAAAAUAAAACCUCGGGACAUGAUUAGGGUACUUGUCUUGGCUUUGGUUUGCCUUUUAGGCACAGGAUUAGUGCAGGGGCAGAAUGGAUGUGAGUUCACCGAGCUGAACCAAGGUCUGAGCCCUGACUCCCUGGCCAACCAAGAUCACCUGGUCGACAUUUCGGACGUGCAGAAGUGCCAAGACGUGUGCUGUACUAGAGACGACUGCCAGCUGGCUCUGAUCGAGACUCCUGCCGAUGGAUCUCCCCAGUGUUUCCUGCUGAAUUGUAUAAAAGACGGAAAAGAUGUUUGUGUCUUCGAAGCGAGUACCAGCUCCAAAGUGUACCGCAAGACCAACGUCUCAAGAGAUUACUGUCGUUUGGAAAAAGCCGUAGGUCAUUGCCGCGCAGCCUUCCCUCGAUUCUACUACGAUGUCACUGACCAAACCUGUAAAGCAUUUGUGUACGGGGGAUGUGGCGGAAACAGUAACAACUUUAAUUCAGUGGAGGAUUGUCAGAAUGCUUGUGGUGGUGUAACAGGUAAUGCGCUUACUGAAACUUCUGCGUCUUCAAAAUCCAGAAAGUCCUUGACUCAGGAGACCGCAGAUAAAUCUGACGCUGCCCUGCCUGAAAUGUCUUCAGAAGAGUAUGCAGAGAAGUGCCUGGCUGGUGCAGAGGUUGGGCUGUGCAGGGCCUCCAUCGUGCGCUACUACUACACAAGUGGCACAUGUAAACGCUUUAGAUAUGGUGGAUGCGGUGGCAAUAAGAACAACUAUAACUCUGAGGAGGAGUGCAUGAACACCUGCACAGUGAAAGUUGUGGAUUCCAAGAAGACAGAUGAGGAUCGAGAGGCCUGCUUUGUGCCCGCUGAUGCUGGACCAUGCCGUGCCGCUUUCCGGAUGUUCUACUAUGAGCCGCGUACUCAGUCCUGCCGGGAGUUCAUCUACGGAGGCUGCAGAGGCAACAAGAACCGUUACAGCACCCCGGAGGAAUGCAUGUCCAAUUGCGCUGGGAAAGAGGGGGGAUUUGGGGAGCACGGGGAACACAGAGGUCGCUGGACUCCAGCCUUUUUCCUGGUCACUACAUUGGCCAUCAUGUCAGUCGUGCUGCUUGUUGGGUUGCUCGUGAUCUCGGUGCGUCGUGUGAAGCAUCAGCGGCUCCUGCUCCUGGAUGACAAGCAAGAGCUACUGCCGGAGGAGCACAUUCCUGAGGAGGUCCACAGUGACCACUAAAACCAUUUCCUUCUCUCUUUGCUACUGAACACCACUAUAUCUACACUCCGAUCCUGUCACUUAACCUGUCCCACACACCAAGGGUUUGGAAAAAGCUUUGAGAAAUUAGUAAGAUAGCAGAAUAUUGGACCCAGUAGGUGGCAAAAAGUGCCCAGCAAAACUACAAGCCUUCUGUAGUUUCUGAUGUAACACCUUUUAAUAUUAUUCUUUAUGUAGCACGUAAGUGUGAUGAACUUAGUAGGUCUUAACACUGGACAUGACAAUCUUUACGUAAAAAAACAUGCUCUAUAUUUUUAGUGAUGAGGACAUUGUUUUAACAUCCUUUUCUCUCGCUUUUUUUUUUUUUUUUUUUUUUUUUUACAUAAAUCAAUCAGUAAAUGAGCAGAUUAAUUUAUUUUAGGUUGCUCAUUAUGAAAUAUUUUCUUAGCUUUGGAAAAUACAGAUUUUUAGAGAGUUUAUUACUGCAUUUCCUCAUUCCUAUCUUGAGGUGUUAUAAAAUAUAAAGGGGAAACUUCCUUUUUAACUUCCUGUCAAUCAUUGUCUGAUUACAUUCUGUCUGACAUGCUGUAUCAUUCAUGAACUACUUUAAUUUUUAUGUACAUUUUAAAAUAAAUGAAUUUAAACAGAAUGAACAAUGUUGUAGAACAUUAAGGAUAAUUAGCUGUAGGUUAUUAAAUAUAUUGCACCACUCUUAUAUUGAUGGUACACUCCGCAAGUUAAAGAAGUUUUCGAAGUUAAAACAGCUACAGCAAUAAUUUGCGCACAAAACAAAAAUUGUAAACGACCAUUUGGUGGUACGUAACCCAGGAAUGUGUAUAACAUAAUGACUUUAACCUUUAAAGAUUAAAAGCCUUUAAAAGAUUCCGACCAUUAUGAAACAAAACUGGUCAUUCUUAGCACAUGUAUUAUGUAGGAUGGAUAACUACAAUAGUUGAACUACUGAAUGUGUCAAGCACACGUAUAUCAUUAUUAUAUUAUAAUGUUAUAUUAAUAUAACAAUAUUAUGUCCGGUACUGGAUUAAUAGUUAAUAAAACUGUUCUACAUUAUGUAUAAUACACAAAUAUUAGAUAUAUGUACAAAUAUAUAUGUUUUAUGUUGUAACCUGAAUAAAAAGUUGGAUGAGUUAAGAUGUAAUAUUUUAUGAGGUUAGUCUUCAACUUUGUUUUCUAAGUAAUGUUUCUUCAUGUCUUUUAGAACUGAAAAAACUUUGAAAUCUAUAAUAAAAGCAACAGAUGAUCGACCAUGA